UCUUAUCAUUUUAUUAUAUAUUAUAGCUGUAAAAAAUUUAAUUUAUAACUUUAUUAUAAACAGCUUUAUUAUAAGCUGGGCAUAGAUGGAUUAAUGUCCUGUGUCUUGUGUUAUUUGCCAAGCCAAUAAAAAUUGUAUUUAAUGCUAUCCAGGAUAUUUUUUAACCUAACCAAUUCCUUUGAGUGUAUGUGUAAAAGUUUGUCCCACUGGUUAUUUUGGAAAUACUAGUACAAAUACCUGCUAGGCAUGCCAUAAUUCUUGUUAAACUUGUUUUGGAGCUGCAUUUAAUUAGUGCUUAACAUGCGACUUAAGUAUUUAUACUUUUGUUCCAUAAAGAGGAA